AUGGUUGGGGUAUCUUCCCUGAGUCGCCCUCGAGGCAUCUUUCCACCAAAGGCUGCAAAGGCUGUCCGCAGGAUACAAUCAGUGCCGUCAUUGCGACAUGAGCUGCCCUCGUCCGAGGAGUCUGUCCCAGAGGAUUCGAUAUAUAAUGCUGAACCUGUCCGUUCGCGUGAAAAUCUACCCUGGACAGCAGCGGUCGACUCGGUUGAUGCGCAGGAUCUUCCUACACCCUUGGAUUUACCUUCCCCUGCGCGUAUCCCUCUCAGCAGGCAUUCCACAUCGCACAGCAAUUGGCCGACGCCGCAGCUGAACCCGAUCGUUGAGCACAGAACGUCACUCAACUCGGUUCUUCCUGACCGGUCCACUUCGGCUCGCAAGAGCAAGCAGGCUUCUGUCGAGUUAUACCGUCGUCGCUCUUUUUCAGUUAACGAUCUCGACUGCGUCUUGAGGCAGGACACCAUACUAUGCAAUUCUACAAAUUCCACUUCCUCAGAAGAAAGCAUACAUAGAGCUGGUUGGUGUCCUUCGUUUCCCAUCAAACCUCCUGUGUCACCACCAGCCAGGGUUUCGACACCGCCUGGGUUGCCACCAUUCGGCACGGAGCAGGCAACAUUCCUGCGGCUGGUACAGCAGCGGCCGACAGGCAGACCCUCAUUCUGGAAUCGCAUUUGGAGGCGUACCUCGGAUGGUAGCGAUGAGCAAGCUCCGACGAGCCUCAACUCUGAAGGUUCUCCACGGAUGUCAGCACAGAACCCAUCUAGUGGUCCUUCAAAUUCAGUCGAGCUCUUCGAACGAACUUUGGCUGCAAUCGGCAUGGCGACUAUCGUCGAGCCUCCCCGCGCGACCUCCUCAGGUUCUCGAGCAUCUCUGCCCCGUGGAGUCUACAAGACCAAUAUCCCUGGACCGCUCGCUCGGGCUGAUGAUGGUACACUGGUGAGAGGGAGGUUUGGACCACGCGCGAGUGGUCACGGUAUCGGUUCCCGUAAUCUCGAGUCACAUCCUCUGGGUCGUUUGAGGGAGUCGAGCGCAAUUCAGCAGGCGAUGAGAGAGAUCGACAAGGCAUGCGAGAGGACCAAUGUUGAAAACGCCCUGCUUCAGAGUGGUUCUGGAGUAUCGCACACGGUACAAAGGGAUGGUUGGGCCAGCGAUGAAGCGCCCACUUCGCCCACGCAAUUACAUCCUAGGAGCGAAACGGAAUUUUGUCCCCCCUUCACAUCUCCGACUCUCAGAGGCAACUCCCUGUAUCAACCUGGGAUCGCUCAUAAUCCCGUGCGCACCGAACCUCCGAUGUUUUCUCUGCUCAGCCUCGACAGUGCCACGGGCGGCCCGCGAAGUGCGAGUGUCAUCGCGGUCCGUGAGACCGACUGGACGAGCGGCAAGAGGCGGAAGUUCAGGAACGCGUGGAGGCGUAUGUGGUACGUGGUCAAAGACUGCUGGACUCGCUUUUGGCGCGCCCUUGGUCUGGACUGA